AUGGGGACAACCGGCCACCUUCAGCACCACCACCACCAGCAGACCCCCUUCAACGGCCUGGUGCACCACCAGCCGGCAGCGGCAGCCCACCACGCCUACCCCCACGGACGCGCCUCGGCCCCGGCCCUCCCCGUGUACCAACAGCACCAGCACCACCAGCAGCUCCAGCAGCAGCAGCAGCAGCAGGGAGCGCCCCUGAGUGGUGGGCUGGGAGGCAUCUCGCCGGCCCACAGCGGCGGAGUGGUGGUGGGGACCGUUGCACAGCACGCUCCUCUUUCCGCCGCCGGAGGUGAUGCCGGGGGCGGCGACGCGAGGAGGUCCACCCUGCCCCACGCCGACCUCGAGCUGGAGCUGCAGAUUAGGCACAACAUGCUCAUCGAGCAGCAGCACCGCAUCGCGCAGCUCGAAGAAGAGCUCAGCCGCUCCCGCGCCGAGAUCGAGCGACUCAACGGCAAAGUGCGGCUGUACGAGCAGGAAAAGGCCAAGGGAGCCCAGAAAAAGGCACAGAGCAGGUAUUGGACCCCGGAGGAGCAUCAGCGAUUCCUGGAGGGCGUGGAAAAGUACGGCCCCAAGGACGUCAAGUCGAUCGCGCUGCACGUGGGCACGCGGAAUGCCACGCAGAAGUACUACCUCCGCAUCGACCGAGAGAAGAAGCGCAAGGAGGAGAAGGAGUCCUCCAAGGACAAGGACGGCGGAUCGUCCAAGGGCGACGACGAGGACGGGUUGGACGAGGACGGAGACAAGGAAGGCGAGGCCAAAGCCAAGACCUCCAGCCCCGGCGGCGAAGGCAACCACCACCACAAGGCACACCACCACCACCACCCCCCCCCCCCGCAGAGAAAGGAGGAAGGAUUUGGCGCCUCUCGGGGGCCACUACCCCGCCUGCUCCGUAGGCACAGCGAGCCGUCGCCGGAGCUCUACAAGGGCGCCGUGCUGGCCCUCCUCACCGACUGGGUGGAGGACGAGUACGACACCUUCGUCAACGGGGUACAGGCCUUUGACAGCGAAACCAACGUGCAAAAGCGACUGCAGCUGGUGCAGGAGAAGUUCCUCCCGCACAAGACCCUCGACGAGCUACACGCCAUUAACGAGGCCAUCGAGCAGCAGGCCAACGCCAAGCACCGCAGGAAGCGCAUGAAGCUGGGCGACGCCCGCCUCUCUUCCGCAGACGAUCUCUUCUCCAGCGACGUCAUGAACUUCCACCACCACCACCACCACCACCGGGACGACCUCGACGCCUUCUCGUCCGGCGGCUUCGCGGCUCCGUACAGCGGGGGCAGCGGGGAGGGGGGCAACGCCGGCACCAUGCAUCGCGCGCACGGGGCCGCCAACCUGCCGCCCUCGGUGGUGCAGGCCAUGAACUACGGCCGGCGCUCGUCCCUGCCGGCCUUCCCCGUCAGCCACUCCCUCCUCGCACAGCAGGCCCUCCGCCACCACCCACUCCACACCUCUCACCAACAUCAACACCAACACCACCAGCAACAUCAACAACAUCAGCACCAGCAACAACAACAUCAUCAGCACCAGUACCCGCAGCAGCAGCAGCAGCAGGAGCAACAGCAGCACGUCGCGCCUCAGCAGCAGCUGCAGGACCACCCACACAACACCCUCUACUCGCCGCCCUCGGCGCAGCAGCUGGCCCCGCCCUCGCUGCCGUCGAGCGACGACGGCACCUUUUCGUCGUUCUCCCAGAUCACCCGGCACGCCGCCCAGCCCACGUUCGCCGCGCCCCUCUCCCCGGUGGUGCCCAACGCCAUGCAGGGCCGCCGCAUGAGCGCUCCCAACAUCAACAUGGAGGCCGAGUUCAAGCAGCAGGUGGCCCUCAUGCGUCCGCGAUAUUCCAUGCAACUCGAUGGCAGCACCGCGCAGCACAGCGCCCCGCACAUGGACAGCUCCUCCGUGGGCGCCCACCAGUCGUCCAUGAACCACCACCUCCACCUGCACGGCGGGCACCUGCAGCAGCAGCACGACGCGUCGUCGAUGCCUCCACCGGCCGGCGUGGAACGACGCACGUCGCUGCACCCCGACCAAGCCGAGUUCCACGCCCAGCAGCAGCAGCAGCAGCAACAGCAGCAGCACCGGCGAAGUGUCGACUUCCAACAGCAGCCGCAGCAGCAGCUCCACGAUGACCCGGACUCAGGCAUGGGGCAGGCCCACCACAUGGAUCCCAUGGGCGGCGGCGGCGGCGGCGGUAGCCAGCAGCAGCCCGACAGCUUCGGGCACGGAGCCGGCACGCACGAGGGCGACGCACUCCUCGGGGGACAGUCGGCCGACGGUCUGUCUUCGUUCGGGGACGAGGGCCUGCCUCACGUGUGGUCCUCCAGGAUCCUCGGGAUGUCGGCUGGCGAGCAGAUGGCCUCGUCGGCUUCGUCGGACGACUUCAACCUGUCGUCGUCCGAACCGGACUCGGCGUCGACGGGGUCCGCCUCGAGCACGGACACGUUCGGGCUGCUCUCGGCGAGCUAA